AUGUCCUGCUACGACCUGUACCCCUCCUCUGCCUGCGGCGUCCUGCGGCCCCAGCCCCUGGCUGACAGCGGCAACGAGCCGUGCGUCCGCCAGUGCCCCGACUCCACCACCGUGAUCCAGCCUCCCGCCGUGGUGGUCACCUUCCCCGGGCCCAUCCUCAGCUCCUUCCCGCAGGAUUCCGUGGUGGGAUCGGCUGGAGCUCCCGUCCUCGCAGCCUCUGGGGCCUCCCUGGGCUAUGGGGGCUACGGGUCCCUGGGCUACGGGGGAUUUGGAUCUGGCGGAUAUGGGGGAUUUGGAUCCCUGGGCUAUGGGGGUUACGGAUCUGGGGGCUACGGGGGUCUCUAUGGAUAUGGGAGCUAUGGGGGUCUGGGCUCCUGUGGGGGGUACCGGGGUCUGUAUGGCUCUGGCAGAUCCUUUAGCUCUGGCUAUUGCAGCCCCUACUCCUCCUGGUACGGCCGCUACGGCCGCGGCUUCUGGGGGUCCUGCUAA